AUGACCCCCCCCGAUGUCGCAGAGGCGGGGAAGGCGCCGUCCCUCAUGGGGCCCGCAACGCGCGACGGGCCUUCUUCACUAGACCUCCAUCAUUCGUCGGCGCCUUUCGCCUCCUCCAGACUCCUCGGCUCCGCAGAUGCGGCCGCCGACCUCCAGCAGCCUCUGCUGCUCAUCCACGCCGCCCUCGGCGUCGCCGUCCUCGGCGGAUGGACUGGCGUGAUGUGCAUGCGCAGGCACAGGCCUCUGGCGCUCUUCAAGGUCUUCGCCUUCCUACCUGCCGCCCUGUUGCUGUGCGCAUCGGUCGCGUCCCUCGUCUUUUUCUCGGCCUUUUCUCCGCUCCUCCGCGAAGACGGCGCGACUCGUCCUUUCUCAGGCUCCCCCGUGCCUGAGGCUGAUGCGCUUCUUCCGCCGGGGGCGGCGGCCCAUGGAGGUGCAGAUGAAGAUACGACUCCCUCGGGUUUCAGCUCCGCCUCGGUUCUCUACCUGGUCGACGCGCACUGGAGAGAAUUCCGGCGGUUCGCGGGCGCCCACUUUGCCACGAUAGCUGCGGUCUCGCUGCUUCUUCAGGCCGGCCUCGCUCUCUGCCGCAUCCUCGUGGCCCUCUCGUUUUUUUCGUGCGACUCUGAGCCUCACGGGGCCGCGCAGCAGGAGCCCGCCGCCGCUCUGCCUGACGUCUCCGGGGCAGGACUGGGCGCCGCUUCGGAGUCGUCUUCUGCAGCCGGCGCGGCCUCUCCCGCGGAGAAGAAGAAGAAAGACAGAAAGGGGAAGGGGCGAGCAAAGCAGCGAGCCGACGGGAUCCCUCUGCAGCCAGGCUCCGCGCCGUCUGCAGCGGAGAAGAAGACUGGAGCCGCUCCAGCGGCCGCGAAGGGCGCUGCGUCUUGCUUGGCGUGGCAGACGUUCGCCGAGCCCGUCUCUCGACACUGGGGGAGUGCGGCGGAUUGGCGCGCGAAACUCGUCUGGAAAGUCUCUGAUCUCUCGGUUCUUGCUCUCACCGUCGGCUUGCCGCUGGUUUUUCUUGUCCGCGGGCGCCGCCAUAGACCGUCCGCGUUCCCCGAGGAGGACUGCAGCCUUCCGUUCGCCUCUUCGUCCGCGGAGGUUGCGUCUGUGUGGCGCCCGGAGGCGUUUGCGUCUUUCCUGCUUCUUCAUCCAUCUUGGUGGCAGUGUCUAAACACCGCAGCGCUGCUUCCUCUUCAGCUUCUGCGCGGCUACCCCAGCGUCAUGCUCCAGUCGUUUGAGGCUCUCUGGACGUUCUUGCUUCUACUCCGGCACAGCCUCGCGCGCGACAAAACGCUCGUCGCUUCGCCCGCGCUAGCCCACGAAGACUUUGCGUCUCGAGGCUUCGCUGCGUUUUCCGCGCGGACGGUACCCGCUCUCGGCGCUACGGACUUCUGCUUCAUCGGCCUGCAGGUGCUCCAGUGGCUGCUGCUCCGCCCGCUCUCGCAGCGCAUCUGCGAGCCCCUCUCCUCCCUCGCGGAGGGCGAGACGGAGGCGUCGGCGACCUCGCGGCCGGUGGCGGCGCUGCCCUCGCCCUGGGAGAGCGCCUCCUCCGUUUUCUCUCGCUGGCGACGGGCGGGGUCUGCCGGUCGGGGCGCGGCUGCCUCAGGCGCAGAGUCAGCGCGCCCCAGCCCGCGGGCUGCCACGCGCGUCUCAGGUUUUUCUGCGACCUCCUCGACUCUCGUCACGCCUGUCCCAGCCAGCUCCGGAGGCAUUCAGGGGCUGAGACACGUCGGACCUCCUCUGUUUGUUGACGCGGACGGUGACGAGGCGCAUGAGUUUUUCUUCGUCAGCGCGCAGGACGUGGUCACGCAGGUCGGUACGAAGGCGAUGCGGAAGGCGGAUCACCUGCGCAUCGUCGCGGAUUAG